GGAAGUGUGGUUACAAUGAAAACAGUUCAUAUUAGCUAUGGCACCAAUACUGAACAGUUUUGCUGUUUAUUUUCUCUGCUUGAGCAUUAUUUUUGCAGUGUAUUGUGACCGCGAUAUGAGUGCGGUGUCCUCGGAGUCUCAGGGCACGGAUUGUGGUUGUCAGGGACUGAAAAGGGAUGGCACUGUUGACAUAAGUGAGGAAAACAUUCUGAAACACCAAGAUGGUGCAAAUAUAUACUCCAAAACAGCUAAUGAAAAUCCUCACACGCCAGAACAUGAUAAACGCAGCAAGCUGGUGCUGUUGCAGGGAGGUUGGUUUAUGAUGGGUACAGAUGAACCUGGAAUACCCCAGGAUGGAGAGGGUCCUCAAAGGAAAGUGUGGCUGGACCCUUUUUACAUUGAAGAGCAUGAAGUCACAAACCAGCAGUUUCAACACUUUACCAAUCAGACAGGCUACAUUACGGAGGCAGAGCGUUUUGGAGACUCCUUUGUUUUUGAGGGACUGCUGAGCGAGGAGGUGAAAAGCACUCUAUCACAUGCGGUGGCUGCUGCUCCUUGGUGGUCACCAGUGAAAGGUGCUGACUGGAGACACCCAGAAGGACCAGAUUCAACAAUAGAGCAACGGAUAAAUCAUCCCGUGCUGCAUGCGUCCUGGUCUGAUGCUCAGGCAUACUGUCACUGGGCCAAGCGCAGACUUCCCACUGAGGCAGAGUGGGAGUUUGCCUGCAGAGGAGGCAUGCAGGAUAGGCUGUACCCAUGGGGAAAUAAACUACUGCCCAGAGGAGAGCACUAUGCUAAUCUGUGGCAGGGAGAUUUCCCUAAUCACAACACAGCAGAGGAUGGGUAUACUAACACAUCACCGGUGAUGUCAUUUCCUGCCAAUGGCUUUGGUCUGUAUGACAUGGUGGGGAAUGCAUGGGAGUGGACAGCUGACUGGUGGAAUGUUCAUCACACUACAGAAGACAAGUACAACCCUAAAGGACCAGAAUCAGGGACAGACAGAGUUAAGAAAGGAGGCUCUUAUAUGUGUCACAAGUCUUACUGCUACAGGUACAGGUGUGCAGCUCGUAGUCAGAACACCCCAGACAGCUCUGCCUCUAACCUGGGCUUCCGAUGUGUCUCUGACCUUGAACCAUAAACUCAAAUCUUUAUGUCCUUCAUCAUUCAUUACAUAGAUUAAGAUGUUGUGUCUUUAAAUCUAGAGAAAUUUAUGUAAAUAAAUCAAUUUGUAAGAGUUUGGUGUUAUUUGUUUAAUUAUUUAUUGGGUCUUUGUAUAAUUAAUAGGCGGUAUAGUAAAGGAAGAAUGUAUAUUGUUUUUAAGUAGCUUAGGUAAAGAUAAAAGUUAUUACAUACAAUUCUUAUGAUAUGCACAGGAUACUGAUGUGAAGCCCUAGGAGUAAAUUUGUGAAUGCUUUAGAUUCUGAAAUAAUCAGUUUCAUGCCUUGAUCAAAUGUUUACAACACCACUAAUCAUAUAUUAAGGAAACCAUAUACACCAUGGUGUUUACUUACUCAAGGUACUUCAAAGAAUACCAUUUCAUUAUAUCAUCAUGUAGUGUUCAUAAAGCAUGGUAUACCCUUGUACUUUUUUGUACUAUGCUUAGUCAAUUACAACAUCUUGUCAUUGAGUUCCUGGCAAAAGAAUUAGUCUGGUAUCU